AUGAUUCCUCUCGUAUUCCUGAUACCCACUCCUCACGUGGAAUGGAAGAAGAAGGACGGCAGCCUGGAGGAGACCAGCGGCGUGGUGGAGAACUCCGACCGCUGGCUCACGUUCAGCAGCAUCACGGAGGCCGACGACGGAGAAUACGAGUGUCGAGCCUUCAACCUCCACGGCUCCACGGCUCACUCGUUCACCGUCACUGUGGAAGCGGCUCCUCAUUGGACGAAGGAGCCUCAGAGCCUCCUCUACGCUCCGGGGGAAACUGUGCGACUGGAUUGUCAGGCUGAAGGAAUCCCGACCCCGACUAUCACCUGGAGCAUCAACGGGCAGCAGAUCACAGACGUGGACGCUGAAUCCCGUCGCACCGUGUUGGGCGGUGUGUUGAAGCUGAGGGAAGUUGUGUUUGCUGACACCGCUGUGUAUCAGUGUGAGGCCUCCAACAAACAUGGCACCAUCCUCCUCAACACCUACAUCUACGUCAUUGAGCUGCCUCCUCAGAUCCUGUCCUCUGACGGAGUCGUGUACAGAGUCGCUGACGGCAAAGACGUCAAGAUGCACUGCUCCUCGUUCGGCUCUCCACGACCACACGUCACAUGGGAGAGUGAGGACACACCUCCUCUGCUGUCUGACCCUCGGGUCGGCCUGCUGACCAACGGCACCAUGGAGCUGUCGGGCGUCAGCCACGAGGACAGUGGAACCUACACCUGCUCCGUCCAACACACCAACAUCUCCAUCACCGCACAUCUGGAAGUUUUCAAUCGCACGGUGAUUCUGACGAGUCCCCAGGACGUCCGUGUCCUCCGAGGAACCAGCGCUCUGCUCGACUGUGGCUUCUACCGGGACCCGCGGCUGCUCCACUACCAGAUCGUCUGGAAGAGGGACGGACAGAAGCUGCUGGAGACGUCAGAGAGCGACAAGUACACUUUCUUCAAUAACGGAACUUUGAAAGUGACGAACGUCCAAUCAGUGGACUCGGCUCACUACUCCUGUGAGGUCAUCACUGACCUGGACAACGUGCAAGCCAACGGCUCCAUCACCGUCGUGGCUCGACCCGACCCCCCCAAAGACCUGUCCCUGUCCAACUUGGCGGACCACAGCCUCACACUCAGCUGGAUCCCGGGACACUCACACAACAGCCCCAUCACAGAGUACGUGGUGGAGGCGAGGGAGGAGCAGCACACGGAGGAGGGCGAGUGGAAGUGGGAGCAGUGGCAGGAGGUGCCAGCCGACUUCAACCACCUGCAGCUGAAGCUCCACCCCUACUGCACCUACCGCUUCCGGGUCAUCGCCAUCAACGCCAUCGGCCGCAGCCACCCCAGCAAGGCCUCGGAGUACCACAGCACGCCACCUGCUGUUCCUGACUCUAACCCCACUGGUGUCCGCAGCGACUCCACAGACCCAAAGACUCUGAUCAUCACGUGGGAUGAGAUGGACAGGCGUUUCCACUACGGCCAGGACUUCCAGUACAAGGUGUCGUGGCGGCAGGCCGGGGGAAAGAGCGUGCACUGGAACCACAGCUACACCAAGGCCCCCCCGUUCCCAGUGAACGACACCGGGACCUACGCCCCGUUUGAGAUCAAAGUCCAGGCCGUCAACUCGCUCGGAGACGGACCAGAACCGGUACCAGAGGUCGGACACUCUGGAGAGGACGUACCUGAGGAGGCGCCCACGGGAGUCGAGUCCACGGUGAUGAACAGCACCGUGCGGGUCCAGUGGAGCGAGGCGCAGGGCGUCCGGGGGAAGCUGCUGGGACACAAGAUCUACAUCCGGAGGCUGGGCCCCCUGGUGGGGCGGGGCCGGAGGUCUCUGGGGAAGCUGCACCACGGGGACGAGCGAGGGGACCGGUCGGACCGAGGGACGGACAGAGACACAGCCAGCAGAGUGGUGGUCGUCCACGGCUUGAAGACGUCCCAGGAGGUGACGGGGCUGCAGCUGUUCUCCUCGUACGAGCUGUCCAUCACUGUCUUCAACAGCAAAGGGGAGGGGCCUCACUCGCUGCCUCACCGCUUCAGCACGCCAGAAGGAGCUCCGGGUCCUCCUGCAUCCCUGAGGUCUGAGAGCCCGACAGAGAAAUCCCUGAUUCUCUUCUGGACGCCUCCAGUCGAAACCAACGGGAUCCUGCUGGGAUACAUGGUUCAGUACCAACAAGAGGUGGAGAGCAGAGACAGUCCUCUGCAGAUGGAGUUCAUCAGUGAUCCCAACGUGACUCACAUCGUGUUGGACCAUCUGGACCCCAGCAGCCACUACACCUUCAAGGUGAUAGCCCGCACCGCCACCGGGGACGGCCCCCCCGUCACUCUGAGUGGCGCCACCCUGCUGGACGGAGUUCCUCCAUCGAACGUCACCAUCGUGCAGGACAACACGUCCUUCAACCUGAGCUGGGUUCCUGGAGAGAGAGACAGGAACCACGGCUUCCACUUCCGCUACCUGAGGAAGAGCGGUGGGGGCGAGUGGGAGGAGUCAGAGCUAGUGAACUCCUCGCAGGGUUUCUAUUCGCUGACAGGCCUCCAACCAGGAACUCAGUACCACCUCAUGAUCCUCCAUGGGAACGUCACUCAGUGGCAGGAGGAGGGGUGGACCAUCGGACCAGUGCCCUCGGAGAUGCCCGCCGGCUUCGCCACCCAGGGCUGGUUGAUCGGACUCGUCAGCGCCAUCGUGCUGCUGAUCCUGAUCCUGCUCAUCCUCUGCCUCAUCAAACGCAGCCGGGGCGGGAAGUACGCAGUGAAGGACAAGGAAGACAAGGAGGUGGACUCUGAAGCUCGACCAAUGAAAGACGAGACCUUUGGAGAAUACAGGUCUCUGGAGAGCGACGGGGACGAGAAGCGCUCGGACAGCCAGCGGUCGCUGGGCGAGGACAGCAAGCUGGGCAGCGAGGACUCUCUGGCCGAGUACGGAGACAGCGUGGACAUCCAGUUCAACGAGGACGGCUCCUUCAUCGGCCAGUACAGCAACCGGGGGCCCGUCCCCCCCGGACACGAGAGCUCCGGCCCUGCCUCCCCCGUCACAGCCGCCCCGCCUCCCCCCCUCGCUCCGUCCAUGUCGAGCAUCCUGAACCGGCCCACCUAGACACACACACUCACACACACACACACACACACACAACAACACACACACACACACUGAGGGACACACCGCUGCUGACUCCACUGCCUGUAAUGUCACACACACACAGUCUCAGUACAUUCCACAGGUUUACACAGUUCAUCUGUUUACAGGAUGUGUCACCUUUUCUACCACGUUUACAAACACACACACACACACACACACCUGUAGAUGCACUUGCACACACACACACACAGAAAAUAUGCUCAAUCAGAUCCCUCUCCUGAACGGAGGAGGGACAGAGAGGUGCAGGACAGGAGAGGAAGAUGAAGGUGAAGAUGAAGAAAAGGGAAAAGUAAAACCAAAAUGUGGAAACACUUUGUAGAAACAUUGAAGUCUGUCACCAGUUUUAAUUUCCACGCAUCUUCAGACUUCACCACAAUGUGUCUUUGUCGUUUCCAAGUUGCUUGUGUUGUUUUUGUGUAUAUAAGUUAGUGUGCAUGCGUCUGGGGAUGAUCUGGCAGAUUUGUGUUGUGUGCGCGGCUGAACCCUAAGAUGCAUGACCCUCUGAGUCCUUCUGUUAGACUCCACAUUAAUGAGUCUAAGGAGUGACGGUCACUCUGUGCGUGUCUGUGUGCGAUUGUGUACUCUCCGUCCCUGACCUGCGGCGAUGAGGGGUCCGUUGCCUUAAGUGAGUCCAGUCGAUCCUCCUCUCCUUCUGUCAAUCAUCCCUCUCUCCUCACCCUCCCUGCUCCUCCAUCCUCCCGUUCACGAGGCAGGAGCAGGAAGUUGUGUUGACGCUCGGCAGCGUAACACAACACACGGACAAAACCACAAAGACUAGAAAACGAAAAAUACAAAAAACAAGGUAAAAACGUGUUUGACAGAUUUACGAGGUGCAAUCGAGAAGGUCAGAGAAGUUCCGGGUUGUGAAGCAAGGGGGCGCCAUAGAGUUCAACCCAAAUGAGCAGGAACUCGCAUACAAGUGGUGAUGGACUUCCUUCCCAUUAGAGCCAGUAGAGGAACUGGUCCUUCUGUUGUUUCCACCAGUGCGUCAUGUUCAAUGUCAUGACCACACUGAGGCCCCCCCCCCCACACACACACACACACACACUGAGACGCAGGGGGAUGUGGUGUCAUGGCGAAUCCGUUCAUCCAAACACAAGUCACAGAAAACCACUUAGUUUGUAAAGGUCCUCACACACGGAAACACAAACUCACACAUGUCAUAUACACACAUCACACAUCACACACACACACAGGGUCGUCCUCUGUAGCAAAAACCCAAUGGGACCCUCUGAAGGAGGGAGGGAGGAUGGAGGAGGAGGAGGAGGAAGAGGAGGAGCUGACAGAGAGAGAGAAGCUGACGUUUCGUUCUCUGAAUGUAAAUAGAACCUCGAGAUUGUCAUUUUUUUAUUUCCAUGGCUUCUUUUAUAAGAUGAUGAAAUUGUAAUUUUUUUUAAAUAUCCGUUGCUCUGUUUUGAUUUUGUACGACAGCGCCCCCACGCUGUGGCGUUUGUAUCAUGUACCCCCCCCCCCCCCACACCACCAUCGUCUCCUCGUAGGUUUUCCUCGUUUAGAAGCCCAGAGACAUUUAGAGUAGAACCAUAGUGAGAACAACCCCCCCCC